CCUGCCAGUUUGAUUGACUAGAAUUUGUUUUUUAUUUUUUUAACAGUAUGAGACGGCCAUGGGUGAUGAGACUCCAGGACUUGUCCAGUCUGGCUGUGGAGAAGCUGAAGUUGUGCAGACAUGCUGUGAGACUCUGUCCCCCAUUCAGUCAGUAGCUUACCACAUGGUCAACAGACGAUACAGCGAGUUCCUGAACCUCCAAACACGACUGGAGGAAAGGAACGACCUGAGAAAACUCAUCAAAGGUGUGAAAGGUCCAAAGAAAAUCUUCCCAGAAAUGCCGUUUGGAAACAUGGACAGCGACAAGAUAGAGGCCCGAAAAGGUCUGCUCGAAACCUUUCUCAAGCAACUGUGUGCUAUUCAGGAAAUUGCUAACAGUGAAGAGAUGCAGGAGUUUCUUGCCCUCAACACUGACGCCAGGAUUGCCUUUGUGAAGAAGCCUUUCAUUGUGUCACGCAUAGAUAAGGUUUGAGUCCGGAUUUUUCCAUUCAUCCUAAUAUUAUUCAU